AUGGCAGCCGUACCCUCCUCCUCGUCGUCGUCGACUCGCCCGAGUCUGCCUCAACUCCCCAAUGGAGAAGGCGACGAGCCUCCAAACUGGGUUCUCCUCGACAUCCUGGGCUACAUCGCUGAAUGCCCCAACGCAACCUUCGCCGAGAGCUCCACCAGCAGCGGCCAUCGCAUCCAAGUAUCCUUCUACACCGCCCGCCCGCCUAACGUCUCCCACUUCUGUGUCCACUGCCCAGGUGUUAAACCAUCAGAAUAUCUUAUGGCUCCCAAGGUCAUCAGCGCAGAGGCCAAUCUCAUCCUCUUCUGCCUUUCUGUGACCCCCUACGCCUGCUUCAAUCCGCGUUACCGCGACUACUUCCUCUACAGGGCGCACCCACGGAACCCAUCACUGGACCUUCUUCCGCAUCCGUACCCCAACUCCUUCGGCGACCAGGAGGUCGCCCUUCUGAGCUUCGACGGCGACGGCGACGAGUACGCCGUCGCUGCUCUCACAAGCAGGUGCGACACCGUGGCUCUCGAGGAGGAUGACACGCUCAACGAGACGGAGUUCGAUCUCCAUCUGUACCGCUCCUCCAAAGCUCAGGAGGGGUGGACCUCCAAGGUGCUGUCGGUGGCACAGCCACGGAGGGACAUUCUGUGCCCUGUGGAUCGAGGCCUGUAUCAUGAGACCACGAAGGUGAUCGUCCUAGGGCGUGGCAGCCUAGCCAUGGUAGGCUGGGUUGACCUCUGGCGUGGCAUCCUCGUCUGCAAUGUGCUCCAGGAGAAUCCCGUUCUCCAUGACAUACUGUUGCCGCCACCGGCGAGGGGUAACUGGGCACUCUACCACAAAUGCCGCCCGUACAUCAUUCGGGACGUCACCGUCAGCUUGCUCAAAGAUUCCAUCAAGUACAUUGAGAUGGAAGUUUGCCCACCGGUUGUUGACCCUGGCGACCCUCCUGCGUCCUAUGCUAACUGGUUUCGUCAAAAGCCUCGUGAAUGGCAGUGCAGAACGCCUUGUGUAGGCUGGAGAGCCACCACAUGGAUCCUAUCGAUCUCAAAUGUUACAUCUGCAAAGUGGAACAUUAACUGCACCUUUGAUAUUGCUGAUGUCACUGUCGACCCAAUGCAUUCUGAGCUGCUGCCUAAGCCGAGCAGCAUCAACGACAAUCCCAGUGAAGCAUCAUUGCAGUGCCUCGUCAUUGGUUUUCCCACCAUGAGCAUGGAUGAGGAUGUUGUCUACAUGCUGUCUAAGGCCUGCCCCAUGGGUUCGAUGGAAGUUGUGAUUGCUAUUGACAUGAAGAAGAAGAAGGUGCAAGGAGUUGCGAAGCUUGUUACCGGAAAAGACUUCACUUAUACGCGUAACUGCACCAGCGAAGUCUCCAAAUAUCUUAGUGAAGACAAGGCACAAGUUAAGCUUGAUGAGCAGACAUAA